AACUUGAAUGUAGACCUUCUAGGCCCAACUACAUCAUCAGAUGACUGAAACCUCAUCCAACAUCUGACAGCAACUUUAUGAGACAUUCAGUGAGAGUCUACCCGAAGAUACUCCUGAAUUCGUGACUCACAGAAGCUGUGAGAGAUAAGUGUUAUUGAGCCGGAAUCCCUGGACCCUUUUUUCUUUCUCCCCCAGUGAGACACAGGAAGACUAAAAGGGGCUUAAGUCACCCAAUUGCUCCUCUUCCAAGUCAGAAUCAAGAGGGAAUUUUUCUCUGAUCUUCAUGGAGAGAACCUGGCAGGACUCCUGAAGGUAAUUGUUACCAGCAAUAAAAAUUUGACAACUAUUGAUCUAGAAUAUGAUUCUCGAGGCUGGCUUCACAACAGGAUCACCUGGAGGAGAAAAUGAUCCUUAAUCCACAUCCCCAGAGAUUCUAUUUCAGCUGGCCGGCCGUGGGGUCCAGUACAAGAUACUACCAAGCCCCGUGACAUUUAAAGGGUGACACACAAAGAGCUCCCUGAGCAAUCACCUCCUAAAAUACACAAAAGUCUUUCUAGUUUGCUGGUUGAUUGACAGAUGGUCUGAGGACGCCUUCUCAGAGCCACUCACAGGUAACUGUCCCAGCAGGAAGUAAAGGCUGGCCGCGCUGGCCCGGCAGCAGAGAGAGCAGGCGGGCGCAGCCGCGCGGUGGAGGCUUCAGCGGGGGCUGUGCUGGAGGGAGUUUCAGCGCCAGCCCUGAGCGCAAAGCUCUUGAAAAGUGCAUCAAGUCUAAAGUGAACUGGCUCACUCUUGGGCAGUACUGGAACCAUGAGCAAUAAUGGAACAGACUUAACCACUGGUUUCAUCUCCUCUUCUGUGGCUGUCCUUUUGUUUGGCUCAAACUUUGUACCACUCAAAAAAUAUGAUACUGGUGAUGGAAUGUUUCUCCAGUGGGUACUUUGUGCUGCCAUAUGGAUGAUUGCCCUGGCGGUCAAUCUGAUACUACAUUGCCCUAAAUUUUGGCCUUUUGCAAUGGUUGGGGGCUGCAUUUGGGCAACAGGGAAUAUUGCUGUUGUCCCAAUUAUCAAAACCAUUGGUUUAGGCCUUGGAAUAUUAAUCUGGGGAUCUUUUAAUGCCUUAACUGGCUGGGCAAGCUCAAGGUUUGGCUGGUUUGGAAUGGAUGCAGAAGAAGUGUCAAAACCAGUGCUAAAUUACAUUGGAGCUGGAUUAUCGGUAGUAAGUGCUUUCAUAUUUUUGUUCAUUAAAAGCGAAAUACCAAGUAGCACGAGUUCUGUGGACACCACACCGUUAAUGACAGAGCAUGUGAUCAACAAAAUUCAAGAUCCCUGUCGUGACUAUUCCUGGGUGGAUAAACUCUCUACACUGCAACAGCGCAUAGUGGGCUGCAGUCUUGCAGUGAUAUCUGGAAUACUCUACGGGUCUACGUUUGUGCCAAUCAUUUAUAUAAAGGACCACAGCAAAAGAAAUGAUAGCAUAUACACAGGGGCAAGCCAGUAUGAUUUAGACUAUGUUUUUGCACACUUCAGCGGCAUCUUUCUUACAAGUACAGUCUACUUUUUCGCCUACUGUAUAGCCAUGAAAAAUAACCCUAAGCUAUAUCCUGAAGCAGUCUUGCCAGGUUUCCUGUCAGGAGCUCUUUGGGCAAUAGCUACCUGCUGUUGGUUCAUAGCUAACCACUCUCUCAGUGCUGUGGUCAGUUUUCCAAUAAUCACUGCUGGUCCAGGAUUUAUAGCUGCAAUGUGGGGUGUCUUCAAGUUUAAGGAAAUACAGGGUCUACAAAACUACCUAUUGAUGAUAUUUGCAUUUUGCAUCAUCUUGACUGGAGCAUUAUGCACGGCUUACUCUAAAAUCUAACAGGCAUAAGACCAGCAGAUGGCAGCAGUGGGUAAGAGAACACCACUACGGAACUCCACAAAUAUGCCAAGGACAGAGUUCAUUUUCAUACAGCAAAUGGAUCUCCACUUGUCUUGGACUGGGUAAAUGAUUUUUUUCCCCACAAAUGUGAAAAUAAAGAAAACUAAGUUUCAGUCAAGUGUAAAAAUGAAAAAAUCUGCUAAUGAACUAUUUAUGAAGGGAAGACUUUCCUGGGUGACUACAAUGUCUGCAUUCUCACAGCACUAGAGUGCUCCUUUUACCACAAUAUGGACUCAAUGGGCAAGGCAACUUCUGCUUGUUGCAUAAGCUACAAAACUGUGGAGUUCAUAUACACAAAGAAUUUUGUAUAUGUCCAAGUUUCCAACAUGUUACCCUCAUUAAUGAAGAGAGGAAGAAAAAUGUUGGGGAGAGAAAUAGAAGACCCACCUUAUAAUGGAAUUCCAAAGAUAUUUAGAUCCUUUGCUAGAAAAAGUAAAUGUCAUGGUUGGUCACUGAAUGUUAAAAAGGCCAUUUCAUUAUUUUUAGCCCAACCUUAUUUUUACUUCAAAUUAAUAUUGCGCAACUCUACAUCACCCACUGGUCUUAGCUCAAAAUGCUCUUGAUUAUCUCCAGAUAAAAUCCUCUUCAGAGAAGAAAAAUUUCCCACCGUUGGGAUUAUAUGUAUAAUACAUAUACAAACAAAAAGUGCACAUACAUAAAUGCACACACAUAUGUAUGUAUGUAGGGGGAAUUCUAGAGUUGCUGUAGUGAGGGUCUAGCUUAUCAGAAUGAGAAUUUAGAGGGACCAAAAUCUUCUUUGUAUGUAUAAUUUAUUAUUUUUUUCUGAAAUAUACUUCUGUAAAAUUCUCUUUAAACUGGAGACUUUCUUCCUGUUUUAACUGGUGGUUUCCAUUAGGUUAAAGAAAAUAAUGGACAUGUUAUUUAUACAUAUGUGUGUGUGUGUGUGUGUGUGUGUAUUCAGAAGAGACAGAAUAGCAUUCUACUUAAGUGUAUGCACUCUAGAGCUAACCCAAAUGGGUUUAAAUCUCACUUGUUCUUCAUCUUAAUUGUAUGACUUUGAACAAGUUCCUGAGCUUCCUGUAUCAGAUUCCUCAUCUGUAAAAUGGAAAAUAGUGAUAAUGAUGAUUGUUGCAAGGUUCAAGUGAAUUAAAAUCUGUACCAUGUGUUCAUGAGUGUCUGGCACUUGGCAAACGUUAUAUAAUCCUUAGUUAUUAUUAUUAUGUGCUGUUUGAGAAAGCAAAUGUGUCUGUAGAUUGGGGAAUAUUUUGUAAGAGCUAUUGCCCUCACCGCCAGCCCAUCCAAACAACUACUUAUUCUUCUUUAUGAGUGCACUUUUAAAAAUGAUACUGGAGUCUCGAUUUCAUUGAAUUAUUUAAUUGUCACACCUUACCAAAACUCAUUUUAACUUUAACCUGAAAUACCAUUAAUUAUGUUGAUAACUUUAAAUAUAAAUUAACAUAAUUAUUCUUUAGUUGAGAUUGCCAAUUUAUAUGCAGAGUUUUAAAUGUGAAAUUAAACAAUUGCAGAAGAAAAAUAUUUUUUUAAUCUUAUUACCACUAUAUAGUUUCUGCUACCAUACAAUGCCUUUAGUGUUAGAGUAGUGUGGGGAAAAAUAAGCUUUUCAAAAUAAUUACCAUACAAAAACUCAUUGUAUACAGGUUAGUCUAAAUAGGCAACUACUGGGGAACCUGGGUGGCUCAGUUGGUUAAGCGUUCAACUCUUGAUUUAGGCUCAGAUUAUGAUCUCAUGGUGGUGAGAUCAGCCCCUGCUGUGGGGCUCCGUGCUGAGUGUAGAGUCUGCUUGGGAUUCUCUCUGUCCCUUUUUCUCUGCCCCUCCUAUGCUUGCACCCAAAAUAAUCAAUAAACAUUUAAAAAUAAAUAAACAUUAAAUUACUUAAUAAAUAAACAUUUAAAAAUAAUAAAAUAAACAUUAAAAUAAAUAAAUAAUAAACAUUAAAUAAUAAAUAAUGAAAAUAAUAAUAAACAUUAAAUAAUAAAUAUAUAACCAUUAAAAAUAAUAAUAAAUAAACAGGCAAUUGCCAAUUCUACACUUUCUUCGCUCAACUUAGGAUGUUAAUGUCUCUCUCCAAGUUUUGCAGCUUUAUUUUUUCUUAUCUAGUAUGGUCAGAUUGUUGUGUUUUAACUCUUUAUUGCUUGGCUGUCUCUGUGUAGAGAGAAGGUACUACCUGAAGUAGGGAAGUAGGAGACCAGUGAGGCUGGCAUCCAGAUUAUUAAAAUUUUUUCUUAGCAGAAUAAAAACUCCUAAUUCCUAAAAAUUCCUAAUGAGUUUUAUGGAGUUAAUAGUACAGUAUUUCUCCUGAGCUACCAAAUCUACAUUUGUUCCUGUUGUGCUCAUUUAUUUGCACUUAGAGUUGCUAACCACUAAACCUAUAUGUAUCAAUAUUGGUAGAACUGAAAAACACAUUGAGUUAAAAAGGCAAGUUCUAGAACCAUGUGCACAGCAUGAUACCAUUUAGGUACAUUUUCAAAAAUCAAAGUAAUAUAUAUAUUUUUCUAUGCAUGCCUAUAUAUGCAAAAAGUUAGAAAAAAUACACAAAACUCAUACUAAUGUUUGCUUCUAGUGAGGGUAAAUGAGAUCAAAAUGGCAACUCUGGGGUUAAUGUCAGCUUGAGCAUUAUCUGUAAUUCUCUAAUUUUUAUGGCAAUGAAUUCAUACAUUGGUUCUUUAAUAUGUGUUAAAGAAUCAACAGCAAAAGAGCUCAGAGCAUGUGUCUAAAUGUUAAAGUAAUUAAGUCUAGAUAAAGAGAAUAUGGAUGAAUGUUAUGUUCCUCUUUAUUUUUUUUAAUGUUUUUAAAUUUCAAAGAAAGCAUGCACACACACAUGCACACAAAUAAAGAAGACAGGGUUCAAGACAAAGUUGGAAAAUUACCCAACUUAAAAAAUCCCACCUUCUAAAGGUCGAAUCCAGAAACUCACUUUUCUAGAAUUCCUUGCAGUAGGAUGUGACAUUCCUGAUUAUGUAGCCUCCAAGGUCAAUUUUAUGGUCCUGCUGGAGAUUAUGUGAGCUACCUAAAACACUUGAUUCAGAAAUUUACCCUCAUUAAAAAAAAAUCUCACAAAUAUAGCCUAUUUUAAUCAACUUUAACGAGGUAUAGUUUGCAUCCAAUAAAAUGCUUAAGUGGAAGUGUUAUGAGCAAAUAUAUACACUCACGUAAUAACCACUACAACCUAGAUACAGAACAUUGCCAGCAACCCAUAAAGUUCCCUUAUGCCCCUUUGUAGUUAAUCCCCAUACCCCGGCUACCAAUUUAUUUUCUGUCAUUCUGAAUUACUUUUACCUGUUCUAAAAUUUCAUAUAAAUGGGAUUAUAUAGUAUGUACACUUUUGUGUCUGAUUUCUUUUAUCUUACAGCCAUUUUUAAUCUACUUUUAUGAUCUAAAACAAUUAUAAUUCAUUCUCAAUUAUUUUCCCUAGUGGAAAAAAGCAUACAUGUGUAUUCAAAAUAACAACUAAAACAAAAAUGAUUAACAUUUGGAAUUGUUAUAUUUAAGUAUGUGAUGUGUCUUGUUCCAGAAAUUCAGUUUUAAAUUAAUAGUAUAGUUAAGAAAAAUACUCAAUUACUCUUUGAAUCCAUCUUCAGUGUAUAAUGUUUAUUUUUGAGGGGAUGUAAAAUAUUAAGCUGCUUAAACUAGAUCACCUACCUUUUCUACAUGUUGAAAAAAAGUGUAUCUUGGAUUUCCUACAACUACUAAAUGGAUUAUAAUCUCCAGGGCUGGAAAGUGUGAAUUUGCAUUUUUACAAAUACUCCUGGUGAUUCUUAUCAUACUUGUACUCCAAAAUUUUUGAAUUUGUGACUUAUACUUUACUCUUUAAAAGAUUUCAAAGAACUAGGUUAUUAAAAAGUAAAACAAAAUUCUGUCUUUCCUUCCUAAAAAGAGAGAGAAAAUUUAAAGAUAAGUAUCCAUUUAAUUUUGUGCAGACUUUUAGGAGAAAAAAAUAAAAUGCAUAAAACCAAUCUGUUUAAAUGGAAUUAUUUGGCAAAAAAUGGUAAUAAUAAAUGAGCAUUAUAUUAUUUUUCUUUUUUGGGUCAAACCACUUACCUUCCACAUAAAUUAUCUCUGAGGUUGGUGGUCAAGUCUGUUUUCACUCAGAUUCUUCAGGUUAAUAAUAUCUUUCUCCAGUAACAAAAUCUCUGACAUAAUUCAUGUUGACAAAAUCCCAUGAAAACAAACACACACACUCAAAAAUCCCAAUUUCAACAUGGAGAAUUUCCAACAAGUCCUAAUGAAAUAAAUCACUGAAAUGAAGAGGAGAGGUGGAUGAGAAUAGUUUCUAGGAUAGAAACAGUAGGCUGUAAACUAGAGCCUAACUUAAAGCAUUCAUAUGAUCUUCUGAAGAACCUUCUAAGACACUGACUGUAUUUUUUCUCUUACCAACAGGGUCUUAUAAGCACUGUUUCUAAUUCAUUUAUACCUCACAUUAAUAAAAGUCUAUAAAUCUUUCAUACACACCAUAAGGUUUUGAUUUAUAAAACUCUACUCAAGUAAUUCUUUCCAACAGAGAAGGCUAUAUUGUCUCCCUUUCCUCCAAAAAUAUUUGAGAAUUAUAUUGGCUUUAUAUGCAUGUGAUGGCUAAAAUUACUGUGAACUCCUUGAGAGCAGUUGUUCUAUCUUUAUACCUCAAGGACCUAGCACAAUGCAUGGCACACAAGAAAAAAAAAAUAACUUUUUUGCAUUGUACCCUGAAGAAUAUCUUUAAUUUACAGUCCAAAAUUUAUUAGCCAAUGAUUCUUCUAAAACACAUUCUUAGUAAAUUUACUGAAUCAUACCUUAAAUAUGUAGUGAGUGGUUUCCUUGCAGCUGAGGCACAGGCUAGGCAUUGAAACACAUCAAUAAAGCAGCCAUGGAACUUAAUCAGAAAAUCCUAAGAAAUCAGGUAAAAAUCUUCGAGGGCUGUGAAGGAAAAUUUGGGGGUACUUUGAGGGAAUACAGUAAAGGGAACCGAUCAUGAAAGAUAAUCCUUAAAAUGAGCCCUUAACCAAAUUAAUUGCUCAUGGUGAAACCAAGAGAAUUAUAAGAAAGCUUUUUUAUUUUGAUAUUUUUUUUUAAAGAGCACAGAUUAGGGGCACCUGGGUGGCUCAGUCAGUUAAGCAUCCAUCCUGGCUCAGGUCAUGAUCUUGCUGUUCACAAGUUCAAGCCUCACAUCUGGCUCUGUGCUGACAGCUCAAAGCCUGAAGCCUGCUUCAAAUUCUGUGUCUCCCUCUCCCUGCCCCACCCCUGCUCGUACUCUAUCGCUCUCUCAAAAAUAAAUAAAAACAUUAAAUUUAAAAAAAUUUAAAAAAUAAAUAAAGAGUACAGAUUGUAUCUUGCAUCUUUGCUGAACUCAGCUCUUAGCUCUAAUAGGUUUCUUAUGGAUUUCUUAGGAUUUGCUAUGUGGACAGUCAGGAUGUCAGCAAAUAAAGAGUUUUACUUCUUAUUUUUCAAUCCAGGUGCCAUUCAUCUCUUUUCAUUGCUUUGUGGGCCUAGCUAUGACCUCUGCCGUAUUUUGAAAAGAAGUGGUAAAAUGGGACACCCUGAUCUCACUUCCAAUCUUAGGGGAAAAGCAUUCAAUCUUUCACCAUUAAAUAUAAUAUAAGCUGUAUGUUUUUUUCCCAGAUGCUCUUUAUCAGGUUGUGGAAAUUACCUUCUGUUUGAAGUUUCUUGAGAGUUUUUUUUAUCAAGGAAUGAUACUAUAUUUUGUGGGGGGGGGGGAAUUGCAUCUUUUGAGAUGAUCAUGCUUUUUCUUUUUGUUCUGUUAACAUGGUGAAUUACACUGAUUGAUUUUCAAAUAUUAAACUAAUUUUGCAUUCCUGUGGUAGACACUACUAGGUCAUGAUCUGUUUAUUAGCCUUUCUAUAUAUUGCUGGAUUUAAUUUGUCUUUGUGUUCAUGAGGGAUAUGUAAUAUCAGGGUAGUAGCUUUGAAACAUUUACUAAGAAUUGAUACUAUUUUUCCUUGAAUGUUUGGUAGAAUUCAAAAGUAAAGCUAUCUAGGCCUUGCUUUCUUUAACAUAUAUAGGGUGAUUCAGGUCAUCUAUUUCCUCUUGAGUGAAUUUUCUUAAUUUAUGUCUUCCAAUGAAUUUACUCAUUUCGUGAACAUGGAGACGUUAUUGGCACAAUAUUGUUUAUAAUAUUUUUUAAUGUUUACUUAUUUUGAGAGAGAGAGAGAGAGCAUGAGGAGGGGAGGAGCAGAGAGAGUGGUAGAGAAAGAAUCCCAAGCAGCCUCCACGCUGUCAGCACAGAGCCCCAUGUGGGGUUCAAUCUCACAAACCACGAGAUCAUGACCUGAGGUGAAAUCAAGAGUUGGAUGCUUACCUGACUGAGCCACCCAGGUGCCCCUGUAAUAUUUCUUUAUUCUCCUUUUCAUAUCUGUAGGAUCUGUAGUGAUGUUCCUUUCUCAUUCCUAAUAUUGGUAAUUUUUUUCUUCUUUUCUAUUUAUGAACAUUCUAGCUAAAAGUUCAUCAGUUUUAUUAAUCUGUUCAACAAAUUAGCUCUAGAUUUAGUUGAGUUUUCUCUAUUAUGUUUUUCUUUCCUAUUUCAUUGAUUUGUGUUCUUCUCUAUUAUUUAUUCUAUUUCUUAUAAGUUUUUAACUUGCUUUGAUUCUCCAUCCCCUCACUCUUUUUCUAAAUCUCCAACUAUAUAUACAUACAUUCUACCUGCCUUGAUCUUCCCAAAUUCUUAUUACUAUCUACUCAACUCAGGAAGGCUUCUGGGCUCUAUUUGUGUUUCCCUUACUGCACUGCAGCCUGUAAACUCUACCUAGGCAGUAAAAUUGAAAAAUAAUAGGGCUCAACUUGUUUCUCCUUCUAACAGGGAUCAUAGUCCUGUCCUGCCUAUGGUCCAGUGUUUCAUAUAUUUUACCCAUUUUGCAGUUUCUUUAAUGUAGAAGGAUUAGCUUGAUUCUUAUUAUUCCAACUUUGCAAGAAGCAUAAAGCCUCUGAUUAACAUUUUGUUACAUUUUAAUUUCAAUUUCUCUUUUGUCACAUUUUCAUGAACAGCAACACCAAAGAAUAAUUAAACAUUAUCCUUGCAUGAAUAUAGUUCCUCAAGAAAUAUGUCUAAGUCCUAAUUUCCAGUACCUGUGAAUAUGACCUUAUUUGGAAAUAGGGUCUUUACAGAUAUAAUUAAAUUAAGGAUCUCUAUAUCAUCUUGGAAGGACUCUAAAUCCAAUGACCUUAUAAGAGAAAGGAAAGAGAUAUUUGUCACAGAGACACAGAGAAGAGGGCCACAUGAAGAUGAAGGAAGAGAUUGGAGUGAUGGAACUACAAGCCAAGGAAUGCCAAGGAUUUCAGGAAGCCACUAGAAGCUGGGAGACAGUCAUAGAAAGGAGUUCUCCCUCAGACCCUCUUGCCAGACUUUUUAGCCACUAUAACAGUGAGAGAAUAAAUUUCUGUUGUUUUAAGCUACCAAGUUUGUGGUAAUUUGUUGUCCCAUCCCUAGAAAACUAAUCCAAUGAGCAUACAAGACAUUGCACAAAAUAAGAUGCACAAAUGCAACCCAAAACCUUUAGUCCUAGCAGUACUAUUGCUCAGAUAAAGAUAUUGGCUAAGUUACAAAGCAAACAUAGAAUAAGUAGAACAAUUACAUGUUGUGAAGAUCUCAAAAAGUGGCUUUUUUUGCCUCAACAAAGUUCAGCAUUUCAUCUUUAGAUAGUAUAGGAUGGGGCAUACUCUCUUCCUCCAUGAAGUAAAGUAGAAUAUGUCAAGUAAUAUUCAUUUGUUUUUUUUUUUAUUUUUAAGAAAGAAAUAAAUCAUAUGACCUGGAAUGUUGUAUAAAGCAUUUUAGGCACACAUCUCUGUGUAGAAAAAGCUGUGACAGGAAUUAGAUAAGAAAAAGAGUAGGAUUUUUUUUUUAAGUUUCUUGAUAUUUACAGUAAGAUUCUUCUAGCACACCAAGGAUAUCAGAGUUAACUCAAUUGUUUUUUUUAGCUACUGGGCUCCUUAUGUGGAAGUCAUCUCACUUUUCUCCUGUUGAAGACAAACUCUCUGGACGACAGUUAAACUCCUAUCUUUUAAGCAUCCUGAGGAAAGUGAAAAAUAAAAUUGAACAGAGAAUUUCAAUGUGUGCUGUGACUUACUUA